AUGUCAUACGAACAGCUAAAGAAGACCUAUGAUGACGCUGGCCAAGGCCAGGUGUUCCAGUUCUGGGACAAGCUCUCCGACGAGGAGAAGUCUUCUCUGCUGGCCCAGCUGGCUGAGAUCGACCCUACCGAGGUAACCUGGCACGCUGAGAACACCAUCCCCAAGGCUGCCAAGGGCAUGGAGAACCCCACUUCGCCAAUUGAGGGUAUCCCUGAGGAGUACUCGGGCUCUACCCUGCCUGACGCCCCCACAAGCAAGUACACUGGAGAGUGGUAUGACGCCGGUCUCAAGCUCAUCGGUGACAAUAAGGUCGCUGUGGUGCUCAUGGCUGGAGGCCAAGGAACCCGACUCGGAUCUUCUGCCCCAAAGGGAUGCUACGACAUUGGUCUCCCCUCUCACAAGUCUCUUUUCCAACUCCAGGCUGAGCGAAUCGCCAAGAUCCAGGAGCUUAGCGGAGGUGUCGUGCCGUGGUACAUCAUGACCUCUGGCCCCACUCGAGGUCCUACCGAGGCCUUCUUCAAGGGGCACAAAUACUUUGGUCUUGACGAGAAGAAUGUUGUCUUCUUCGAGCAGGGUGUCUUCCCUUGUCUUACUGACGAGGGUAAGAUCAUUCUCGACGCCCCUGGCAAGGUUGCUGUCGCCCCCGAUGGAAACGGCGGUCUCUAUCUUGCCCUCUACAAGAGCGGUGUCCUCGACGAUAUGAAGAAGCGAGGAAUCGAGCAUAUCCACACUUACUGUGUUGACAACUGUCUGGCCCGAGUUGCCGAUCCCGUUUUCAUGGGUUUCUCUGCAUCUCGAGGCGUCGACAUUGCCACCAAGGUUGUGCGAAAGCGAGACGCUACCGAAUCCGUCGGUCUCAUUGUCUCUCGAGACGACAAGCCCCAGGUCAUCGAGUAUUCUGAGAUCUCCGAUGCUCUGGCCAAGGCCGAGGACCCCUCCGCCCCCGGUCUCCUCAAGUUGAGAGCAGCCAACAUUGUUAACCACUACUACUCCAUCAACUUCUUCAACAAGAUUCCCGAGUGGUUCUCCAAGGACAACUUUGAGUUCCGACAGCAGAUCCUCCCCUUUCACGUUGCUCACAAGAAGAUCCCCUACGUGGACGCCGAGGGCAAGACGGUCAAGCCAUCCACUCCCAACGGUAUCAAGCUGGAGCAGUUCGUCUUUGAUGUUUUCGUGACUGUCCCCCUGACCAAGUUCGCCGUUCUUGAGGUUGCUCGAGCUGACGAAUUCUCUCCUCUUAAGAACGCUCCUGGAACCGGCCAGGAUGACCCUGAGACAUCCAGAGCUCAUCUUCUUGAGCAGGGUGCUCGGUGGGUCAAGGCUGCCGGUGCCAUUGUUGAGGGCAAGCAGCUUGUCGAGGUUUCACCUCUCACUUCUUACGGUGGAGAGGGUCUUGAGAAGUGUAAGGGUGAGACUAUCAAGUCUGAGUCAGAGAUCUAA